AUGCCGGCUGCUCGUGGACAUAAGCGCCAGCGGAGUCGCUCAGUGCCAGCGGCUGUGGACUUCUCUGUACUGCAGGGUCCGAUGAACUCAUUCAACAUACCGCAGACACCGGCUCCGUUUAAUCACACCGAGUCGCACAUUUAUGCGCCAGUUCCACAGUCCGCACACGCUCUGCCCACCGACCUGCGCAUCGAUACAGAUGGAUACGGUCUCGAUUUCCGCCCGAACCCCAUGUCUGCAACAACCACUACGUCGCCGUCCGACUUCGCCAGCCCUUCCAUGUUCAGCAGUGCUACCAAUGGUGAAUCGACUCCCGUCGCCAGCAUGGCGCCUCAAUAUAAUGUUCCCUACGGGCAAGGACCUUCCGACUCUUCAGCCGUCGGGUCACAUGCGCCGUCGCCCUACUCUGGCGUGAGUCCUGCGGACCCUAUGAUUGCCAACCACUCUCCCCCGCUUUCCAACAUGUCUCAUUCGUCCGACAUGUACGGAUUUGGGCACGACCAGAAGUCUACUUUUGCUGAAGACGGCCUCUCCAUGAAUGACAUGUACCCCAAGCAUAACUUCAACUACACGGUUUCGCACGAUGCUCCUACUUUUGAGCUACCGAUGCACGGUAUGUCUGGUCAUGCGUCUCCUGCGUUGGAUUACACCCUCGGGAUGGUUAACUUGGACGAAAUCAACUCGCAAGGCCUGCCCUCCGGGUCAAGAUGA